AGCCCCAGUGAACACAGUUCAUGCCGUACUUUCCCGCGCCGCGCACGCGCAUAACCGCUCUUGCAACAUCGGAAACGUUCCGAAAUUACGUGAUUCCAUUUAAAGCAAUUUCCAUUCAAAGUGUAGACACAUAAAUCCUCUGAAGUAUUUAAUAUAAAACCUAUUGAGUUACUGUUUAGUAUCACCUGUGUUUAUUUAUGUAUAUAUCAUGUACCGAACAAUAUUUUUCAAUGUGUUUGCAAAUUGAAGAAAGCGGAAGACUUCAACGGACGUCCAGCAACAGCUGAUCACUAGUUGUUGGAUAAAAAUAUGCGAAGACUUCACCUCACAGACAGACAUCUACGAGUGAUGCUUUGGUGCAUUUUAUUAGGUCUUCAACCUGCCUUCGGUGGAAUACUGGAUCCCUUCAAUUGGGCCCGUUCUGAUCGAAUCGAAGUUAACAUUCCAUGGUUACCAUUUGAAAAUGAAACAAGAUGUUACGAUGAGUUGGGUUGUUUAAACAUCACACGAAGUUGGUAUCAUCUUAUACAUCGACCAUUCAACGUUUUUCCACUACCCAGGGUAGUCAUCAAUACCAGGUUUAUUUUGUACACAAAGAAAAAUCCAACAGAGGGACAGUUAUUGAACGUAAAUGUUAACAAGACGAUAGUUAAAUCUAACUUCAGCCCGUCAAGACCUACAAAAAUGAUUAUACACGGAUUCAUCGAUACGCCGCUCUCUAACUGGGUCAGUGAAAUGAAAGAUGAACUCGUAAGGGCUGGGGACUUUAACGUUGUAAUCGUGGAUUGGGCAGGUGGCAGUCUUCCUUUAUACACACAAGCUACUGCCAAUACAAGACUUGUUGGACUCGAAGUGGCUCAUUUCAUUAACACUCUACAAAAAGACCACGAGCUGAAUCCUCAAGAUGUUCACAUUAUUGGUCACUCUCUCGGAGCACACACAGCAGGCUACGCUGGAGAGAGGAUAGAAGGCCUAGGGAGGAUCACGGGUCUCGAUCCAGCCGAGCCUUACUUUCAAGGAAUGCCAACACACGUGAGACUAGACCCGUCUGACGCGCAAUUGGUCGACGUCAUUCACACAGACGGGAAAAGCAUAUUCCUUUUAGAUUUUGUAUUUAUGGCAGGAUAUGGGAUGUCACAACCAGUGGGACACUUAGAUUUUUACCCGAACAAUGGUAAGGAGCAACCUGGAUGUGAUCUUACGGAAGGACCAUUGGUACCACUCACUUUGGUAAAACAAGGUUUGGAAGAGGCGUCUAGAGUUUUAGUGGCGUGCAAUCAUGUUAGAGCUAUUAAACUUUUCACAGAAUCUAUUAACGGAAAAUGUCCUUAUAUUGGUCACCAAUGUCCAUCGUAUCAGCAUUUCUUAGCGGGAAAAUGUUUCCAUUGUGGGCACGGUUGCGCUAUAAUGGGAUUCCAUGCAGAUAGUACGCCAGGAUUAAUAUCAAACAAGAAUAACCAAACAGAGAAUGAAGUCUAUCCUUCCGAAGAACAUGACACAAUCGGAGCUAAAUACUACCUUAGCACCGGCAAAGAACUACCGUUUUGUCAGCGACACUACAAGGUUUCUAUUCAAUUAGCAAACCCCAAAGGCGCAGAAUCUUGGGUACAGGGUUUUCUGAAAGUAACAUUACUCUCUGAUAGAGGAGUAAUAAGGGGAAUGGACUUGACACCAAACAACUACGUCAAAUUAGAACACGGAACAUCAUACACAAUUGUGGUUACACAUCCCAUGGACAUGGGGGGUAAAGUCAGGAAGGUGGAGUUAUCGUGGGAGUACGAUAUGAAUGUACUAGAACCGCGAUCUCUAUGCAUUCUGUGGUGCAACGAUCGACUGUACGUGAAAUCUGUGCUAGUUGAUCAAAUGGAACUGCCAAGCAGAGGGAAACGUAAUGUGGACUUUAGUAGUAAAUUGUGCACGCCAAAGCGUGAAUUCGCUGAAAUCCCCAAUCGAGGAUCAGCCAGUUUCUACGACAACUGCAGCAGGUAGCUGUGACAUACGCAUCCCGUAGAUUGUCAAUAUCUAUAAAUGGACGCGUUUUAUGUGGCAUAUAGCAGUGAAGAAAAGUGAUAAUUCAUAAGAAAAUGAAAAAACUCAUAAAUUGUAAAUAUAAUGAGGCUAUGACUCCCAUGAUUUUAGUGAAAAUUGUAAAUGUAAAUUAUACACGUUAUUUUCAUUUAAUGAUAAAAUUUGUCUUUUAAUCUGUCCUUACACUAUUACAAUCAUAUGCAAUAUCAUGGAAAACUCUUAACUAGUUUGAUACGGUACGUAGAAAGUACUUACAACAUGGUAUUCUGAAGUAUUCGCUCUUUGACCCGACGACCGUUGAGAUUGACUAAUUAAACACGCUCUACCUUUACAACAUCCGCUGAUGUCAAUAAAAGGGAUAAAAUUCAAUAACAUGUUGUCAAUUAAAAACGAAAUAAACACAUGCUAGACAUUGCAAUAGGGUAAUAAAUUAAACUGAAGAGCGUUUUGAGUCAGUGUCUCUAAUAUGAUUUGUCCAGAACUGUCUCUCUGACUCUUGGAGGUGACCGGCCUGGCCCAAUGGUAGACUAGAACUAGAACUAAACCGCAUUGAUUCGGCAUUGAUACAUAGAUUGAAGUGGCUCAUCAUAUAAUUACAAGUUGUCACCAAAAUUCGUCAACAACGUUUAAAUCGAAACCACUGUUUACUAAAAUCUGUUAAUCUUCAUAACAUGAACAAAUGGACUACGACUUAUUGGUCAGACAAUGUUUUGUUUGUGCGAUAUCAGGCAAUACCUCAUAUUAAAUAAUUAUCACCAGUUUUUGACAAUAAUAUGCUCAAAGCUCGUGAUGUUUUCCAUAAAAAAUGUUUUUAAACUGCGCAAGUGUGAUUCAAGCGGAAACCCUGUCCCUGGUUGGCACAAGGUAGACUCCGGCAAAUAUAUCUCCGGAAAUCAUUAAAUAAAAUUAUAACUGUUUCAAUAGUUUGUAAUCAUAGCCUUAAGUCAAACUUGGCAUGAAAAAUGGACACAGGUUGACACUUAAGUGAAUAUAAUAAUAUCAACCUGGUACUAUAUAUUUACUAUCCUACUGCUGGGCUCGGGCCUUCUCUACUUGUGAGAGGGAAUAUGCAUACUAUACGCAACAUAUUUUUAUUAAGACAAUUUUACCCAAAAGACAGUGGUGAAAAUUUUAAAUAAGUACUAUUAAAGCCCUACCCCAGCAAAACGACGCGCUGCGCUAACCGUAUUUUUAAAAGUUAUGUUUAUAAAAUUUAUUAUAAAUAAAUAUAGAAAAAAAAUUAAACAUCAUACUUACUUCUAUUAUUCGUUACCUUUUCUUUGGUUACUUAAUAUUUUUUUUAUGUUGAUAUUGUUUCGUUUGUUUCAUAAUCAAAAUGCGACUAUAAUUGUCGACUUCAUGCAUCUCCUCCUAAAGAAACAUAUAUUUAAAUUUGCAACCAAAAAUUAAGAAGAACAAUUUUAUAAGCAUCAUUUCGGUAGUUUAAAUAUUUCAAAUGGCCUUACAUUGUUUUUUAAAAAAAUAUAGUCGAAAAUCUAUGCAUAUUCUCACCAGGAACUCGCGCGGGGCCAAUUAGUAUGGAAGUAUUUGCUCGGGGAGGGCUUUUAAGCCACAGUCUAAGGCCACCAGAUAAUAAACUAAAAUGUAAUCUUAUCCUUACGCUGUUGAAAUUGUAAACUUAUUAUUAUUAGUUAUUAAAUCUCUUAUUUUAUUUACUAUAAGUAGGUACAAUAAGAGAAUGUGUACUAGUAACAUAAUUUAUAAUUCAUACCUACUUAUUAUUUAAUUAACAGAGACUAUGCGAGGCACAUCAAUACCUAACUACAACAUUAGGUAUACAUAUUGUACAUACCUACUUAUAGAAUAUUAUUCUAGCACCAAGCUUGUAAAUACAUAUUUAAUAAAGAAAA